AUGAAUCACUAUUAUCGUGGUGGUGCCGCUCCUAGAUAUGAGCGAAUCGACCAGGAAGAUGUUCCUGAAAGCAAACAUACAGUUUUCAUUCGUGGUCUUCCAGGCCAUCUUAAAACUGAUGAAGUGAAGUUGGAUCAUAUCGGUCCAUGCUCAUUCGAUUUUAUCAAAGUAUCUCAAGAUCAGUUAAAAUUAUUUGUGGCAGUUCGUUUUGAAACUCGUGAUGCGGCUAAAGAAUGUAUGCAUAAAUAUAAAGAUGGCGAAAUUCUGGGAUAUCCAAUUGAAAUGACAUGGUUUAGAGAUAUUCGUCGUUUUGUUUCAUAUCAGCAAAGUCAAAAAAUUUUUCAGAGUCGAUCACCAUCGCCAGUCAUUGAACGUAAAUCACGAAAAUCAAAACGGGAGAAGAAGAAACGGCGUCGGCGUUCCCCAUCAUCGUCAAGCUCCAGCACUACCGUGCCCGAACGUACAUCUGAUGAACUGAGUGAAGGCGAACUUCGAAGAAAAAUUCUUAAAAAAAGAGAAAAGGCGAUGAAAGAAGAAUCUAGUAAAUAUUCGGAUGAGCAUUUCCAUGAUUCUAAAGAUGUACAUGAAUGUUCAGCAUUUCCUCCAUUUUUUUCAGCAUCGCAGAAAAUGACUGAAAAAAGUGGAGUGUGGGAGGAAAAAGAAGUGGUUGCUCCACGUAUUGAGUCGAUAUUGCAAAAUACCACUUUAAAAUUCGGGCUUGAAAGCACCACUUUUUUGCAGGCAUACAAGAGCGAUUGUGAAACGUUUGCUUUCGUGACAAAGGCUUUAAUUGAAAAAGAUCAAGCAUUAGAAGAUCGUUUACUUGCAGCUCUAUCAGCAGCCCUCAAUGAUAUUGAAGAAUCUUUUAACCAGAAAAUUGACCAAUAUUUAGACCAGUUACUGAUGUUCAUGACGGUUUAA